UUCAUCGAGUAACACAGAGAGCUAACCCUAGAUAACCAGUAUCAUUCAUGUCUUCGAGCAGAUCAGCCAACACAUACACUUUGAAUUCUCACUACAUCCAACACAUUGUGGUAGAAUCAUGUAUGCCAAUGUUCAAAAAUCUCGUUCUUGAUCUCGACAAAGUCCAAUAUACUUGUUGGUCCAUUCUUUUUCGUGACACUGCUCGAACUCAUAAUCUUCUCCAUCAUAUUGAUCCUUCUGUUCCUGGUCCAAUACUCUCUACUGCUAUCAUCCUACUCAGUAAACGUGAUGACGUCAGUCAAGACGCGCUCGUUCUCACGUGGAUUUAUGCCACCAUCUCUCCUUGUUUGCUUGCUAGGUUGCUCACUAGAAAUUGUACUACAGCCAUGGAUGCAUGGGCAUGUUUACGCGAUAUGUGUCAACAACAUGUCCCGAAGAAGAGAAGGUUGAUGAGUAAUAGUCAGGUGGAUAUAAAAGAAAAAUUGGUAGAGUCAUGUGUGUCAAGAUUUAAGAAUGUGGUUCUUGAUCUUUACAGAAUCCAAUUCACUUGUUGGUCUAGUCUUUUUCGUGAUACUGCUAGGGAUCAUAAUCUUCUCCAUCGGAUUGAUCCAAGUUUUGGUACCCCGCCUAAUGUUAGUACUGAUCAUGACAUGAUAAUUCAAGAUGCUGUUGUUGUUGCAUGGAUAUAUGCCACCAUCUCUCCUUAUUUACUUGCAAGAUUACUGACUCAGAAAUCAUCGACUUGUGCAAUGGAUGUUUGGGCACGUCUCCAAGAUAUGUGUCAACAACAUGAGACCGCCAUGGAGAAGAAAAGGUCCUUUCAAUUUUAUUUAAAUGAAUUAAAUCGGGGUUUGGGGAAUACUACUAGUGAUGAUGAUGGUACUGUUGAUUUAAUAAGCAAGUUACCGGAUGAUGUGCUCGUCUACAUGCUAUCUUUAGUCAAUGAUAUGAAAAUAGUGGGAAGAACCAGCCUUCUUUCCAAGAGGUGGACUCAUGUGUGGACUAACCUCAUGGAUCUAGAUUUCAGUGAUCCGGUAACUGCUGCCACUCUAAAAGACUGUCGGAUGCUUUCUGAUAUGUAUAUAUUUGCUGACAGGGUUUUUGUUGAUUGGGUUAACCGGGUUAUAAGGGCAAAUCGAGCUCCAUAUCUCAAUACCUUCCGGAUAUGUUUUCCCCUCCAUAGUUCUUAUGCUGUUUAUUUUCAGAACUGGAUCAAUUUUGCCUUUGGUAAAGAGGUUCGCAAUUUGGUUCUUGUAUUUGGAUACUAUGCUUAUCCAAAUAUCAAUUUCCUAAACAUAUUUACCAGUGAUCCUGCCUUGAUCCUCAAUACUACACUUAAAACUCUUUACUUGGAAUCAGUGAGUAUAAAAGGACCUCUGCUUCAGUGGGUUUUAACUAAUUGUCUCAAUCUUCAACGUCUGUCUGUUCAUGGCUGCAGGGCCAGUCCAGAUGACGCUGCCUCUUCCAAACACCACCAAAGACUCAUGGUCUCGUCCCUUACAGUCAAACAUGUGGAGUUUGUUUGCUGCUUAAAGUUACUCAACAUUAAAACGCUUCAUCUAUCUGCUCCAAAUCUUACUUCCAUUGUAGUUAAUGAUAAUGAAGUUGAUGUGGAGUAUCAUAGUAUUCCAUCGCUUGUGGAUGCUACUUUUGGAGGGUCAUAUUUUCCUCACUUGGAUACCUUAUGUAGCUUUUCUUCGCAGCUUGAAAAACUGUCCAUUGAGUGGUGCAAGGUUAGUUCGCUGCAUGCUGUAGUGUAUGUGUUGCUAAUUGGUUAGUUGCAUGAUAAUUUUCUUGCUCAGACAAGAUUACUUGUGUCUGUGAACAACCUUGAUGCUUUUGAUCCAUUUUUAUUUUGUAGGUAUACCCUGCAGUUACUGGAUUUCCGAUUUUUGUUAAUGUUAAGCAAUUGGAGAUUGUAGUUGGGCUUGGCUCUCCGGAUCAUAGCCUUAAUAUGUCAACCUCCUUGAUAGAGGCGUGUCCUUUGUUGCAUACA